UAAAAUUGUAGCUAGAGCUUGUUUUGUUUCGUGUUUUCCUUUUGAUCCAAUUUUAUAAGAAUAAUCUUUUUUUUUUCAAUUAGACAAUUAAAUAAUGUUCUUGAUAUUUAUACACAAAUAAAAAAAAAAUAUAUUUUUGAUUUUUCAACUUUUUUACAUUAGUUUUAGCAUAAGUAUAAGAUUUCAGUGGUAUGUUUUGGCUUAUUUAGGCCCCCUAGUUAACUGGAUCACAAAAAGAGUAACAAAUCGCCACAAUAAACAUUAAAAUCCUGCACAAUGUCGAAAGUAAAUGAGAGCGACCUGUACGGGACCAAUUUUUCGAUUGAAUCAAUAAAAGUGAUGGCAGAAAGUAUCGGAAUUAACAGUUUACAAGACGAGGCCGCCAAAGAUUUAGCUGAGGACAUUUCGUUUCGUUUAAAGCAUGUAGUACAAGAUGCUGCAAAGUUUAUGAAUCAUUCCAAAAGAAUCAAGUUGUUGCAGAGCGAUGUUGAUGCUGCUUUGAGAGUCAGGAAUGUAGAGCCCCAAUAUGGUUUUUAUUCCAAUGAACCUCUUCCAUUCCGCUUCGCCUCAGGCGGCGGUCGCGAAUUACACUUCAUCGAAGAAAAAGAAGUCGACUUGGGCGAUUUACUCAACAACCUAAACCCGAAAGCACCACUAGAAGUCAGUCUUAGAUCUCAUUGGCUUUGUAUCGAUGGCAUCCAACCGACAAUACCGGAAAAUCCACCUCCAGUAGCUAAAGCUGUUCAGAAACUCGAAUCGGUGGAUCCGAUCAAUAAAAAACCAAUGAAAGAAACUGCAGGCAAACCGAGUACUGGAAAACAAAAAUUGAAAAACGUAGAAACUGUACAAAUUAAACAGCUAGCUACGCACGAAUUGUCAGUGGAACAACAAUUGUAUUAUAAAGAAAUUACUGAGGCUUGUGUUGGUUCUGAUGAAGCAAGAAGAGCGGAAGCUCUACAAAGUUUAUCAUCAGAUCCAGGCCUACAUGAAAUGUUGCCGCGUAUGUGCACCUUUAUAAUAGAAGGUGUAAGGGUUAAUGUUGUCCAGAACAAUUUAGCCUUAUUGAUUUACCUUAUGAGGAUGGUAAAGGCGUUACUUGAUAAUCAGUCUUUGUAUUUAGAAAAAUAUUUGCAUGAAUUAAUUCCAUCAGUUACCACUUGCAUAGUGUCAAAACAGCUUUGCAUGAGACCGGAACUGGACAACCAUUGGGCCCUUAGAGAUUUCGCAUCGAGACUAAUGUCGCAAAUUUGCAAAAAUUUCAAUACCAGUACGAAUAAUAUUCAGACCAGAAUAACCAGGAUGUUCACCAAUGCGUUGUCGAAUGACAAAAUUGCUUUGUCUUCGCUUUAUGGUGCUUUGCAAGGAUUAUCAGAGUUGGGACCUGAAGUUACUAGGAUAUUUAUUCUACCUAGAAUACGAAUGAUUGGAAUGAAAAUUGAAUCCCAUCUUGAAGGCAACCUUAUAUCAAACAAUGACAGAACGGCAGCAGGACACAUAAAACAACUCCUAGUAAAAAUAAUCGCCCCCGUCUUAAAGAGUAUACGAAACGCACCCGACAAUCUAGAAGACUACAAACAAGAUUACGGUUACAUGGGAAUAUCGUUACACGGGGCGGUUGUUAAGGCUAGAACUCAACCGACGCCGGUAUCUACUUUAGCUGCCAGUGUCCCUACAAAUACCAUAACUCCGGUUGGACAGACUGUGGCUAGGACUAUGACGAGUAGUGGAAUUAUUCAACAGGGUAAUCCUCAAAGGACCAUAGUGAUGAGCCAGCAGCCGCAAAGGAUUGCAACUCAGCAAAAUCAACAGCAAAAAGUAUUGUUUAUGAAUCAAAGGUCGCAACCGAGUAGUUCGUUGCAACAGUUUAGCCAAUCAAAUGCACCUACCACAACUGUGGUUAAACUUGUAUCAGGUAGUCAAGUCUCGAACCAGCCAAAGUUUAUACAAAGUCAACCCACAAAGCUGGUGAUGGUAUCGAAUCCGGGGGGAUUUUCUCAGCAAAGUCCCGGGACGCAAACGCAAAGCAACAUUGUCAAGCCCAACUUUAUAGUGCACAAAAAUAUCGAGGAUUUUUCAGAUCUAGGGUGACAUGGUUCUAAUUUUUAGGAGUUAAGAUAUUUGAAAAGGUACCAUCAGCGGACAAUUAAGCGAAUUAAGUAGCUACAAUUAUUAUGUAUUUAUUUAUAUUAAUUUGUAGGACGAUUAAGCCAACUUUUAUCUUAUUUUAUUUCUUGUUGUUUUACCUAUGUUAUCUUAUUUUCUGUAUAAACCCACUUAAAUUCGGUUUAAAUCAAUAUAUCAAAGCUCUUAUAUUUGGUAAUAAAUGUUCAUUUUUUAAAUACUAUGACUGACAUUUUUUCAAUUUUCCAUGAUUUU